AUGUUCUGUUUUCACUGCCAGAAAGAGGACCACUCUCUUAACGACUGUAAAGACUUUCUUGCGUUUGACUUUGAUCAUCGAAAGACAUUUUUGAGAGAAAACCGAAUAUGUUUCAACUGCUUAGAAACGACGAAUCACAUCGCGAAGAAAUGUGACCAGAAAAAACCAGAAUGUGCGACAUGUGCCCAGAGACACGCAACAGCUUUGCAUGAUCCACAACGACAUCCCAGUGAACCCAAGGCGGAUACAAAAUGCACACGAGUUCGUGGCUCACACCAGACUACCAAAUCAUAUGCCAAGAUUGUACUCGUGUGGCUUCGUCACCCAUUCGUCCCAGAUAGAGAAGUCCUCACCUAUGCCCAGCUGGACGACCAAAGUACUGCGGUCCUUGUUAAGGAAUCUGUGUUUGAGAGACUCGGAAUCGAAGCAUCCCCUACUAAUAUAAAAGUCUCAACAGUCUUAAGCAAAGACCAACUUAUUGCAAGUUAUCGUGUACGGGACCUAGAAGUCUCAGGAAGUCUCGGGAUGACCUCCUAG